AUGGUUUCAGUCACAAAAGAAAUCAAACUGUCUAUAAAUCGAGUUGAUGUGAACGAACAGUUUGCUUCCCACAAGGGAAAACCUUCUCAAUAUCAAGAGGUCAAAAUAUCAAUCUCAAAAAUUAUCAACUAUGAAAGAAAAGGUGCUAAAAUUACCAAGUCAAAGCCGAAUCCGCGAAAGUUACUCAAACUUUAUGUGCGCACCAUUAGUAGUUCCAAAAAUAGAACAGAUAAAUAUCGCAUGGUUAUAAACUUUAAACGCGAUUACAAAGAUGGAUAA